AUAAUAUUCACGUAAAUAUCAAGACGCUAGAUAAAAGUUUGAACAAUUAAGAAUUUUUUUAUCAACAUGACAAUAUUAUCAGGUAUACUAUUAACGUCUACAGCAAAACAUGUAUCACACUGUUGUUUCCUCAUAUUAUUAAUAACAAUAUUCGAGUACACAUCCGGAGUACUUUCAUUCGUGGAACCAAAGCCAGUAGUGGACUCUUGGGAGCGUUAUGGCUUCAUGACCCUGCUGCUAUAUUUAUUGAGACUGCUAACUUUACUGGCACUGCCACAAACAUUGUUCAAUUUCCUAGGACUGAUAAUAUACAAUGCGUUUCCCGACAAGGUAACGCUCAAAGGCUCGCCAUUGUUGGCGCCAUUUAUAAACAUUCGGGUAGUAACCCGCGGGGACUAUCCACAAUUGGUCAAAACGAAUGUCACGCGUAACCUGAACAAGUGCAUAGACGCGGGUCUGGAGAACUUCCAGAUAGAAGUCGUCAGCGACAAGCCGAUUGGGUUGAUGUCGCACAGAAGAAUCCGGGAGCUCGUGGUUCCAAGCGAGUACCGGACCAAGUCCGGAGCCUUGUUCAAAGCUCGCGCGCUUCAGUACUGCCUUGAGGAUGGGGUCAACGAGCUGGCUGACCAUGACUGGAUCGUCCAUCUUGAUGAAGAAACGCUUCUUACAGAGAACUCGAUCCACGGGAUCCUCAACUUUGUCCUCGAUGGCAAGCAUCCUUUCGGUCAAGGUCUCAUCACUUACGCGAACGAGAACGUCGUCAACUGGAUCACUACCAUGGCCGACAGCUUCCGAGUCGCUGACGACAUGGGCAAGCUCAGGUUCCAGUUCUUCAUGUUCCACAGGCCGCUUUUCAGUAUGAAAGGUUCCUAUGUCGUCACCCAGACCGGUGCCGAGAAACACGUGUCCUUUGACAACGGGCUAGAUGGUUCCAUAGCCGAGGACUGUUUUUUCGCACUGAAGGCCUACAGCCUCGGGUACACCUUCAACUUCAUCGAGGGCGAGAUGUGGGAGAAGUCUCCAUUCACGAUAUCGGACUUCAUACAGCAACGCAAGCGCUGGAUCCAAGGUAUCUACUUAGUCGUACACUCCAAGGUCAUUCCUUUGAAAAAUAAAAUAUUCCUCGCGAUUUCCUGGUACUCGUGGGUGACCCUGCCUCUUAGUACUUCGAACAUUCUGUUGGCUGGACUCUGUCCUAUCAACUGUCCGGUGAUAAUGGACGCGCUUUGUACGUUCAUUGGUGCAAUAAGUAUAUAUAUGUAUAUAUUUGGUGUAGUUAAGUCAUUCUCGUUAAACCGCUUUGGGUUAAUGAGGUACUUAGUAUUUAUUUCCGGUGCCUUGGCUAUUAUUCCAUUUAAUUUGAUAACUGAAAAUAUUGCUGUGAUUUGGGCACUUUUUGGUAAGAAACAUAAAUUUUAUGUUGUCAGUAAGGAAUUAGGACCGCCGAUUACUGUUUAGGUUUCAAACUUUUUAUAAAAUGUCCACUUGUAUGGGUCCAUUUUGUGAGAAUUAUCUAUUUAUUUAUUUAAAUAACUUUUACGGCUUGAGGAUUCAUUGUAUGGAAAAAUGUAAAGAUACAUUUUUUUUAGCAAAUUUCAUUGUCUACAAAAAAGGUCCUUAUCAAUUUUUCUUAAUUUCUGUAACUUUACCCGCAAAUUAAUUUUCAAAUUUUUAAAAUCAAAUUUCACUAAUUUUUGAAUAUUUUUAUUUCUAUAUUCAUUUUCUUUGACCUUUUUCGGCUUAAGGACGGGUCCUACAUUAAAAUACCUAAGGGCCUUUUUUUUAGCAAAUUUCAUUGUCUACAAAAAAGGUUCUUAUCAAUUUUUCUUAAUUUCUGUAACUUUACCCGCAAAUUAAUUUUCAAAUUUUUAAAAUCAAAUUUCACUAAUUUUUGAAUAUUUUUAUUUCUAUAUUUAUUUUCUUUGACCUUUUUCGGCUUAAGUACGGGUCCUACAUUAAAAUACCUAAGGACCUUUUUUGUAGCGAAUUUCAUUGUCUACAAAAAAGGUCCUUAUCAAUUUUUCUUAAUUUCUGUAACUUUACCCGCAAUUUAAUUUUCAAAUUUUUAAAAUUAAAUUUCACUAAUUUUCGAAUAUUUUUAUUUCUAUAUUUAUUUUCUUUGACCUUUUUCAGCUUAAGGACGUGUCCUACAUUAAAAUACCUAAGGGCCUUUUUUUUAGCAAAUUUCAUUGUCUACAAAAAAGGACCUUAUCAAUUUUUCUUAAUUUCUGUAACUUUACCCGCAAUUUAAUUUUUAAAUUUUUAAAAUCAAAUUUCACUAAUUUUCGAAUAUUUUUAUUUCUAUAUUUAUUUUCUUUGACCUUUUUCAGCUUAAGGACGUGUCCUACAUUAAAAUACCUAAAGGCCUUUUUUGUAGCAAAUUUCAUUGUCUACAAAAAAGGCCCUUAUCAAUUUUUACGUAUCUUCAUAUUUUACCGAGCUAAAAGCUUAAGUAAUAGAACCGUUAAAAAAUAAUUGAUGAGAAUUGUUUUAUUAAUUUUAAGGAUCAAGAAUUGAAAAUAUCGAAAAAGUCAAAGACACCUUUUUUGUAGGGCAUCGAAUUUCCUAUAAAAAAGGUCUUUAUCAAUUUUACUGAAUUUCUGUAACUUUUCCCGCAAUUUUUCAAAUUUUUAAAAUCAAAUUUCACUAAUUUUCAAAUAUUUUUAUAUUUAUUUUCUUUGAUCUUUUUCGGCUUAAGGACGCGUCCUAUAUGAAAAUACCUUCUAACCUUUUUUGUAGCAAAUUUAAUUGUCUACAAAAAAGGUCCUUACGACUUUUUACGUAUCUUCAUAUUUUAGCGCGCUAGAAGCUAAAUGAUAGCACACUCUGGUAGAAUAGCAGCACGUUGGCAGCGCUCGCCUUUGGCUCGUGGAGCCAAGUUCCGUACCGCGCUAACCUAAAAUAAUUUUUCAUACAAGUGGACACUCACGUUUUUUUUAAUCAAUCAAUUAAUUUAAAUUUAUUAAUUAACUUAAUAAUUACGUAAAAAAACGACAAUCUGGUAAUUACAUAUUUUUAAUUAUUAAUUACAUGGGUAUUAAAUUAUUUAAACAAACAAACAAUCAAUAAAUAUUUUAAAAAAACGCUUUUAUUAUUUAGUAUUUAAGAUUGACACUUUGAUUAAAUUUAAUUAGUGCCAUCUUUAUUCUUGACUUUUUUUUCUGUUUAAUUAAUUAAUUAAUUUUUUUUUGAAUGUCUAGUCAUGGGCGGCAUAAAUUUUUGAUUUUAAAAAUUAAUCACUUAAUUUAUUAAUUAAUCUAUAAACAACAAAAAAAAAAUUAGUAAUUUCCGGGUAUUUUUUUUUUUAAUUUAAGCCCGCGGGCGGAUGUACGGAUGUACGAGUUGCGUAUAUCUAAAAAACUACUUAAUUUAUUUGAAUUCUUUUCACGGGAAGUGAAAGAGGGGGCUGUGUUCCGUAGCUCAUCAAAUUUUGAAGUCAAUCCGUACGUUAGUUUUGAAAUUAUUUCAAAAAAAUACUUCGUACAGAAUUUCGUAACCUGUACGAAAAAUUUUGAACUUUGAAUUUAAAUUCCGGGCGAAAUAUCACAGAUACGAAAAAAAUUAAAGAGAGAAAUUUUGUAGAGAAUUCAAUUCUCUACAAAAAAGGUCCUUAUGAAUUUUUACGUAAUUUCAAUUAUUUGCUCAGAAUUUUAAUUUUUAAUAAAAAAAAAAAAGUAACGAAAUUUAAAUUUUUGAAAUUUCGCGGGGUUUAGUGAAAUAAAAAAUCUUCCAAUUAAAAUUAAUUAGAGAAAGAAAUUAGUAGUUAUCGAACAAAAUGAGAUUCGUAAGCAAUCAAAUUUUUUUUUUUUUAAUUUUACCAAAGUAUUAAUAAUAAUAAUAAUAAUAAUAAUAAUAAUAAUAAUAAUAAUAAUAAUAAUAAUAAUAUUAAUAAUAAUAAUUAUCAUAAUAAUUAUGAAAAUUAAUAAUAAUAAUCAUAUCAAAGAUAAAUAUAAGUAUUACUAAUAAAUGAGCAAUUAUUAUUAUUGUUAUUAUUAAUAAUAAUAAUUUAAAAAUCGAGUUAAUUAUUUU